AGCAUUAAACACUCAAACUAUGAACAAACAUUCCGUUUUCUAAGGGCAUCCAAGGCAGCAUGCAAAGUGUGGAGGAAGGACAUUAUCAAAACCAUCAAAAGUGAGAUGUCAUUUCUCUGCAAAACCUCGAACCUCAUUCCAGAUUCCAGUUCAAAGGAAGAAGAGUUUGACUGGACAAAGAUUCUAGAUAGAGUAAAAUCUGUCGCCCCUACGUUCUUUGCUGUUUGCUUGGCGGCCGUAUCUAGAAAGAAGUCUUCAAGUGCUUCCCAGAAAGUCAUGAAGAACAGAUUGGGAAUGAUGCUCCUGAUUCCAUUGUAUCAGAGAAGACCCAUCGUCAUGCAAAGAUUACUACCUGUACCUGUGGCUUCUACAUUGAAGAGAUAUGGCUUAAUGGGAAAGGAUGUGAGCUCUUUCAAAUGUUUUGGUUUGACAACAUCGCAGACUACCGCCAUGAGAAAAUCAAACCAGCCGAGCAGUGAAGCUGACAAGGUCAUAUCCUCGUGGAAAAUGUCAAUAGAGAGAGAUAUUUCUACACCCACAUUUGAAGGUGCAGCUUCAACAGCAACAUCAAGCUUGGAAAUAACUGAACCUCACGCAACUACACCUGUGGACACGAAUCAUCCUGGAUUUUCGAUGGUAUCCCACAAAUCUUAUUGGACGGAAGAAAAGGCAGAUGUGACGGAACAAGGGGCAGAUGUGACGAGCGAUUCAGAGAAAGUUACAAGAGUCGGAGCCAAUUCAUAUGCCGUCAAAAACCGGAUAUCAUUUCACGAUGUUGAAAACCAAAACACUCUCACAGCCAGUGACCUCCCAAUUAUGACCUACCUACCCAGCCAGGAUGAUUAUGAAGACCUGAGAAAAAGAAUGUGCAUUCUGGUUGGAAGGAUCCUGAAAGACAACCUCAAUAUCUUUGCCAAUGAGUCUGUGAUCUCACACAUUCCUCAUGAAUAUUCUAAAGAAAGCUCACAAAAGAGUGAAUAUGUCAACCUAGGAAUAAUUGAAGAGGAUCCCAAGACCACACGGGGUAUGCACAAUAUCAUGACCAUCCUUGCCAAUUACAUCCCAGAGGGAUAUCCUGUUCCCUUCCAUGUGGACCAAAGAACCUUGCAGAUAGCAAACAGUUGUAAAAUGGCAGUAUCGACGGUGCCAGCCCCCGUGAAGAGGCUGCAUGAUCUCAUACCGGUGCCCCAAGAUUUUCACUUCCGAUCCGUUGUGAUUCAGGAUAUCGUAGCUGAACUGUUCACGCCAACAAGCCCUACCGAAGAGGGUAGUCUGAAGCAUCUGAAAGAAUACUUCGGGCACGACAACAUGAACGAAAAGGUUACCAGCUUAAAUCACGCUGACGAUUUCUUACUAUUCAUUACGUGUGCUUUUGUGGUUGGAUUUGCACUGCAAAUCAUACAAGAUACCCAGACCCCAACUCAAGACGUCAAUGGAUCAUCGACGUCUACUCCGAGCCUAUCUGUGGUAGCAGAUGAAGUGGUACGGCAAAUAUGGCAUCAGAUUCCCAUGAAUAGGGUGGCUGAUGUCGUGAAUGCGACUGCAGAGGGUCAUGAUGACAAAUGGUGCUUCUGCAAGGAAGAUAUAGAAAAUGCCAAAAUGGUGGAAUGUUCCAAUGUUGAUUGCGAAAAUGGGAAAUGGUUUCAUGAAGACUGUGUGAUGAUUCCAAAUACAGAUGACACUGGGUGGUACUGCACCCCUGCAUGCGAGGAUUCGGAUAAUGGACAGUACUGCAUCUGCAGGAAGAAAGGGGAAUCCCUCACGUGGCAAUGUGGAAAUAAACAUUGCGAACGUGGUCAAAGAUUUCAUCAUCGAUGUGUGAGAACAACAUCGCGUGUUACACAAGGAAAGUGGUACUGUUCUGAGGAAUGUUCCAAAGUGGCAGGAAAAAAUAAAAUAGAAGGUGAUGAACUCCUGGACUACAUCAAAAGGUGCACUUGGCAGUGUCUGUACAGCGAGAGCAUUCGAGAUGCAGAGAGGGAGGCCGACGGCGUGGCACUUAUGCGCCACUGGAGAAUAUCCAUGCCUGAAUUCUAUCGCCUUGGGCAUGAAAAGCAUUUUUCUGUUGGCCACCGCUUGCUAUCUGGUGUAGCCGGAUGUUUUCCUCCUCGCAUUGGGAAGGAGAUUGUUCACAAUCGAACAAUAAAUCUUUAUGGAGGUUUAGGGCGGAACCUUGCUCUUGACUUCUUCAUGGAGCAACUUCACCACAGGGCAAAGGGAAUGAUCAAACACAGACUUGGUGGAUACACAGCAAGGUCUAGAGCUGCAGAUGGGAAAUUCGAGAGAACACGCAGAAUGAGUCUGGACAGACUCCUUUCCCAGCAAAUAAGUCAGAUGCGACAUGUUGAUAGCGGUGCCUCGUCAAAGUCUGUGAGGAAUCCACGGUUCAAGCGGUAUAAAGUGGAUGUGAAAAAGUUUGCGAGCAAGUUUGGGUACCUCUUCAAGGAAGUGAAGGGUCGAAGCAUCACAUGCCAUAAGUAUGAAGAGCUCAGUACCGAUCAGGCAGUGGCAAUGAAGGAGACACUUUGUGACUUGAACAAAAAAAUUGACAAAGAGGAAAUUUCUCAGACAUAA